UGAAUUGAGAGCUACAAAUAUAAGGAAAAGACAUCCACCAAGACUACCAUUUCCCAAAUCUCACCAAUCCCUCAACAGUUCUCCAAAGCCUUCCCUAUUUCACAGACUCUCAAGUUCUAUGGGUCACUUUCAGGUCCUCAUGGUGCUCACCUCCUUAGGGGCCUUAAGUGGCACAUCGCAUUGGGCCAUUGCCUCGCCCAGCGCCCGACGGGCCAAUCUGUUCAGCCUGAAGGCCCCCGCCCGGGGUGUGAAAAUGACUCGGGUGAUCAAGCCCAGAUAUGGAAGAUCGCUUGAGGACGAACCUUCAGCAGCGUUUGAUGAUGCCACCGUAAAGAAACGUUCAGCUUCCGCAGAUCCUGUCUAUCCUUAUGGCGGCUACCAGUUCCAAAGCAAUGCUUAUCGCCAUGGUCGACCGGGCCAACAAAGAUCACAUUUCUACAACACGCAUUUGGAUUCCAUUAUUUACCGGCACUUUGUACCGCACGAGUUAGGUAAACGCUCAGCUGCUCCUCCGCCAAGUUAUCGGGGUUUCGCUUACCGAGCCAAUUCCUCUCUUCAGAACAAAAAAACACCCCAAGCUCGAUCGAAGAAAGUGGGUUAACGGUCAUUGGGCAUGGGGUAAUCCGCGAGACAGUGGUAGCGCAGCUCAAAAAGUGCCUCAAUAGAACUCGGUCUCGGUCUCAAUUAUAUUCCAAUUGACCCGCUACCAGGGACCCAAUUGCCAAUCAACUUGAACAAAUUCAAUCCACCCUGAGAUCUAAUUUGUCACUUGUCCGGCCGUGUUCAAGGCCUUGGUAAUAAUUUACCCACAAUUAUGCCAUGACAUUGACAAUGAAGAUAAGGUGGACUUUGG